GCUUAAAUUUUCCGGUUCGACCAGCGGACCGAAGUCAGCGCGGAUCCAACUCACAGCGAUCCACCUUCGAGUUCCAGCCACCGCUUUCCUUCCCUCCUCGUCGAUAGAGUUACGCCGGCAUGGUGGCGGAGCUAAUUCCAGUCGUCGAUCUGCGCUUCCUUUCCCAGUCAGAGCUUGCCACGCUCGCGCUCUCGUCUCCCAAUGCCUUCGAUCUUCGUCGUUGCGACGACGUCGUAGUACCCAAAAUCGAUCGUUCCGUCUUCAACGAGAGUGCUGGAAGCCGCAAACAAACCUACUCCCGUCUGCGCCUCGCCCCUCCCAAGGCAGACUCCCCAUCCCUUCCUCCCUCCCUUCCCCGCCGUCGCGGCCGACCUCGCUCCAUACCCCUGCACACCGCUGCCGCCGCUACCCCCUCCGCAUCUGCACCUCCAGCAUCUGAAGACAAUCCAAAGGAUCCCGAUUUCCGUGAGAAUCUUCUCAUUGCGUCUUACCUUCGCCAACUUUUCUCUCGCGAGGACCCAUCAUCCCAAACCCUAACCCUAAACAAAGCCGUGUCAACCGUCUGCACGAACGAAAACAAUGACGGGUGGGAGAACAUUCUUGCCGCAGCAGAGGAAGCGCAGAAGGCUUUGAUUCUUGCGGAGGACCAUGAUCGGGAAACCUUGAAUUCGAAGGGUGUGGCUGUUGAUUUGGUGGCACUGGGUCAGAUGGAGGAUCCUUUUGGAGAGGAGCUGCGAAGGAGGACACUGGGAUUGAAGACGGAGGAGCAUCUACUCGGGUUUCUUUCAGGUGUGGAGGGGCAAUGGGGGAGUAGGAGGAAGAGGAGGAGGUUUGUGGAUGCUUCUCUGUUCGGGGACGUGCUACCAAGGUCUUGGAAGCUCCUGCUGGGACUCAAAAGGAAGGAGGGCGUUGCGUGGUUGGAUUGCCGGAGAUAUGUUAGUCCAAAUGGGCACCAAUUCUUGUCUUGCAAAGAGGUUUCUUCAUAUAUACUCUCUCUUCAAGGUGCGAUGCCACCAAUUUAUGAUCAAGAUGAUAAUAAUGCCCCUCAGUUUGACAAAGUACUUCAUGAAUCUAAUGCAGGUCAAAUUCAUCAAAGUUCCAAUGGAAGCUCUAGUUUCUCUUCUCCUACACCUACUUCACAUGUUUCUGGUAACCAAGAGAAACAACCAGAAGGCACUAGUUGCUAUAAUGCUACUCCAAUUUCCUAUAUUUCUUGUGAUAAUGGGAAGCAGCAGUUUUUAUCAUCCCAACAGAGGAGGGCCAAAAGACGCAAGCUUGGUAAAGCAAUUGUUGAUGGUGUGAUCCUAAGAGAUGGGAAGUUUGAGUGUCAAUUUUGCCAUAAGACUUUUAGCGAGAGACACCGCUAUAAUGGUCAUAUCGGCGCUCAUGUUAGAUACCAAGGGAUAACGGCAGAGGCAUUAGUUGAUGAAAGUAGUGCAAGGAAAAUCACAGAUCAUUCUUCUUGGGCUGUGGUGCCAUAUACCUCAUCUGAUAAGGACGUUUCUACCAUGAAAACUGAUGCUAGUCAUACCAUUCAAUGCAUAAAACCGCAGAAUAGUCCGCAGGCCGCGGGAGACCAAGCUGAAAUUUCCACUGCCAAAUCUACUGAUGGUGGUCAUUUAAAAGGGAUUAUCGAAGAAGGGAUUGCCACAGAAAGUAAAUGUAAUGGUUGCGCAGAUAGCACAUUCCCUUCUGCCAGUGAUUUGAAUGCUACCCCUCACGACUGCUCUCCCAUGACAACUAAAGAAUCAUCUCCCAUCAAACCUAUCGAUAGUGAGGUUAGUGAUUGUGUCAUGGUUUGCAAUAAUACCAGUCCUAUUCAUGAUGAAAAAAGCUUUGAAGAAGCAAGACUUAAUACAUCCUCAGAUGCUGUGCCUUUAUUCUCCCCUCAUCCACUUGCAGAAAAUCGUAAAGCAACAGAUGUUACUCCGUUUUCUUCCACCAUUUCCCAGUCUUUCAAUGUGUCCCCAGUUCCAACUGACUUAGAUGAUGCACUUUGCAAUUUGAAUAACGAAAUAGAUAUUCAUUCCUCUGUUAGCAAGACUAAAGAUGCAGCUUCUCCAGAUCUGGCAAAUUUAGGUGCUGCAUCUUGUAAUGCUGAUGAGGCGCUUAAUUUUCCAUCUAUUGGUAAAACUUUUGAUGGUUUAUCUUUGGCUGCAUUGGAUGCUGAUAAUAUCGUUCGUGAAACUAUUAAUGACAGCGGUCUCCCUUUAAUCCCAAGUAAAGUUGAAGUUCUUGAGAAAAGUGACUGCAAUUCAAUCAAUUACACAGCCCAUAAUUCUGUGUGUACAAGUGACUAUAUGGAUGCAGAUAACAAUACUUGCUAUGACUUAUCUCUGUCUCUUAUGGAUAUGGAUGUGAAGACCAAGGAUAAGCAUAAUGGAAUAAAUCCUACUGGCAAUUUGACUUCUGAAUUUGAAAAUUAUAAUGAUAAGCUCUUGGUGGAAAUUGAAAAUCAUUCGUUCUCCUUGUCUGGCAAUCAGCCAAACAAUGAAUGUAAUUAUAAACCAAGAGAAGGGCAAGAUGCUAAUGAAUAUCUUCAUCAGCUUUUUGAAAAAGAUGCUGUUUUGGAGAAUAGCAUGCCUGGUACACUUCAGAAUGGCUCUACUUUCACUUCUUUCAGUAGUGAACUGAUACGGGAUAUUGGUGCAAAUACAGAUUGUCCCUUCGGUACCGACAUAAAUGAAUGUGAUCUUCAAGAAAUUGCUAAGCCUAUUAACGAGCUGGAGUUUUUUUUUGGUGGGAGCAACUCAGCGAAUGAAGGGAAUGCUGCCAAUGAGUUGAUUGAAAAUGAUGCAGAAAGUAAAUCCGUUCAUAUCAGUUUGUCUAAUUCAUCUUGGUUGAGAUCGGCCAAUGUUCUUCCUGUCCUUGAUAUGCUACCUGACCAGUGUGGGGGCGAGCUCGGCGAAAUUAACCAAAAGAAUGAAAACUUACAAGCUUUCGAGGAGUUGCGGCUGGGUAGUAUUGAACCUUCUGAUUUUGCCCUCUUUACUGGUCAAGAUUCUAGAACUGUAGUUGAGCCAUCCAUAUCGUUGGGUUAUUCUUCUGAACUGGAAGAUCAGAAUUGCUCUUCUUUUCAGCUUGGAUGGAACAUAUCUUUGGGUAACAUGGACAACACGAACAGCUUCACAUGUGUCUGUGUGUGGUGCAGUGCAGAGUUUACACACGAACAUGACAAUGAUGAACCUCGUGCAGAAACCCUCGGCUUCAUUUGCACGUCUUGCAAGGCAAAAUUCUCUGGGCCAUGAAGUACUAUAAAUGAGAUGGACAUUUACAGUCUGGUGAUGAUUUCCUGCUUGAAGCUUGCUGAUUUAUGAAAAUCUUUCUCAUGAUCUGAUACUUCUGAACCUGUAAAUUGCAACAAAACUGAAGCUUGGAAAUGCUUCAUUUUAGAGAGAGAGUCAUGCUGAAUUCACCUGAAAUCUUCUUGGUAAGCACUAUACAUAUCGCCUAUCUGCAUUGGUUAGAUGGUUCUGAAUUCUGUAAAUCAUAUUAGAAGUUUUAAUGAUUUCAUCCAUCUCUCCACAAGCUCAUAUUGUGAUGAAAAUAUUUUUUCUGUUCGAAGAGAAUUUCUAUAAUUUUAGUGAAA